AUGUCAACGAUUCAACCGUUAUCAAGUGCACAUCAGUCAAUAUUAUUUCGUCAGAAUGAUGGGAGUGGAUUUCAUUUGGGACAUUUUGAUCGUUUCGUUGAUGGAGUUGGAGAAAUUAUAUGUCCCAAGAGUGGGUUACGAUACAUCUUCGGGCCAGAAUCAAUUGAUCUUGGGCCGUGCUGUAAUUCAUGUGAUGAAAAUUGGACAAAAAUUUUAAAAAAUGAGGAUAUUUUAGUCUUUUCUCAAGGAUACACUUAUUCUUGCGGCAAUAAACUUGUAAAAGUCGCAAAGCAAGUCAUUAUUCCGGAAACAUGUAGUGAUCAAAAAUUCCUUGGUGUAGUUUUACGUGAGCGCCAUCCCAGCUCAACUGAAGGUGCUACAGCUGCUUUUCUAUGUCCACCCUUUGGUAUUAUCAAAUUGCAUAAGUUCGCGUUUGGUUGUACCGAUAAAAUACUGUGGCCACCAGUGGUUGGGACACGAUUCUGGGUUGUGUUAAAUGAGAAUGAAUCACCUAUUAGAGUCUGGAAAGUAGACAGUAGAGCGGAUCACGUUGAAUUUGGUCUGGGAAGUACACUAUUUAAUAUACCGAAGGUAUAUCUAUGGCAGUGGAAUAAAACAUUUAAUGAGUCGGGUAUAUUCGCAAUCACGGAUUUCGUUUUGAAAACUUCCGAGACUGCGAGCUGCUCAAAAGAGAUCGAAAUGAAAUAUCAAGUUAGUUCAAAUACAUCAACUUCAACAAAGACACAGGAUGAACGAAAGAAGUUUGGAAACGGCGCAAAUGCACAAACUAACAAUGCUGCCAUCAGUUUGUUACUGGAAAUACUCAAUGAUCAGAACCUAAGAGAUCUUGUUAUUAAAAGGCAUCAAGAGGCUUUCGAGAAUUUGGAUCCAAAUGAAGAUCCUGCAACGGGUCUCGAAAGGGUAGCAUCUUUUGCAAAUGAGAAUGCAGAAAUAAGGCGAAGAAGUCGUGAACAGGAGCAACGUGAAUUAGAAGAUUCUCGCCAAUAUGAUUCAUUUAAAAACAUGGAGAAAGAAGGCGCAGUUUCUUCACGAUAUGAAAGUUUGAAUUAUGAAAUUGUUGAAAAUAAGCUUUUUCGGGCUGAGGAGAUGGAACCUGGUCAUCAGCGAAAACUUUUUCGCCAAUCAGUGAAUCGUUGGGUAGUGUGUUUCUUUAUUGGAGUUUUAACUGCUAUUGUUGCGGCUGCUAUAGAUAUAACGAUAUAUUACAGUAGUGUAGUCAAAUUCCGCUUGAUCAUUAGCAAUUUGUUAAAUUUCUGUGAGAAACGAAUGGAAGUUGGUGGUGGUUGCAUAUGGACGGUAGAAUUUGCAUGGAUUUGCUACAAUUGUAUUCUGGUCACUAUUUCCGCAUGUUUAGUUAUAUUCCUAUCUCCUAUUGCUGCUGGUUCAGGUAUAUCACAAGUCAAAUGUUUUCUAAAUGGUGUAGAAAUACCGGGUGUUGUACGAUUAAAAACUUUGUUUGCAAAAGCAUUUGGUGUAGCAUGUACAGUUGCUGGUGGCUUGAGUGCGGGAAAGGAAGGGCCAAUGAUUCAUUCUGGAGCGGUAGUCGCAGCUGGUAUUUCACAAGGCAAAUGCGUCACUUUCUCACUCGAUUUCCACAUUUUCGAACAAUUUAGAAAUGAUCGCGAAAAGCGCGACUUCGUGAGUGCAGGUGCUGCAGCUGGAGUAGCUGCUGCUUUUGGUGCGCCAAUUGGUGGAGUUUUGUUCAGUUUAGAAGAAGGGGCUAGCUUUUGGAAUCAAAGUUUAACGUGGCGCAUGUUUUUUGCUGCCAUGAUAUCAUCAUUUACUUUGAAUUGCAUUCUCAGUGUAUUUCAUGGAGUUGGUGGUUUUUUAUCAUGGAAUGGGCUAGCAAAUUUCGGUGUUUUCGAGAAUCAUAGCUACAACAUUUGGGAAAUACCGAUCUUUCUUCUCAUUGGUGUUCUUGGAGGCCUUUCUGGUGCUUUAUUCAAUUCCCUUAAUUUGAAACUUUCACGAUUCAGGAAGAAAUAUAUUCGAAGCAAAUGCCAGAAGUUGAUGGAGUGUUUACUAGUAGCUGCAGCAUCUGCGUUUACAGGAUUUGUUACACUUUUCGUAGUAAAUGAUUGCCAGCCUGUUGGCCGUAAUCCAAAAUUAACUGAGGUUACAAAGUUGUGGUGUCGCAAGGGUCAAUACAGCGCUGUUGCAAAUUUAUUCUUUCAAAGUCCAGAAGAAAGUGUUAAAAGUCUGUUUCAUAGUCCAACAAAUUCAUAUGCGGCAAGUACGUUAUUAAUUUUCGCUGUUGAGUAUUACUUCUUAUCGUUAUGGACAUAUGGGCUAUCAGUACCGAGCGGUAUUUUCAUACCCACCUUGUUAACUGGUGCAUCAUGGGGUCGUCUUGUUGGAGUUAUCGUCGAAUAUAUGUUUCCUGACGUUACUGGUAUUCAUCCUGGUAAAUAUGCUCUUGCCGGAGCUGCAGCCCAACUGGGUGGUGUUGUACGGAUGACAAUUAGCUUAACUGCUAUUCUCGUUGAAGCAACCAGAGAUAUUACAUUUGGUUUGCCAAUAAUGCUUGUUCUCAUGGUUACUAAAUGGGUUGGCGACUUCUUUAAUGAGGGUCUUUACGAUGCUCAUAUUGAAUUAAAUGAAGUACCGAUUUUGGGUUGGUGUGCACCGGAACUAUCACGCAAUAUAUUGGCAGGGAGUAUAAUGAGAAGGGAUGUAGUAACAAUGAUGCCAAGAGAACGUGUUUCACGCGUGAUUGAAGUUUUACAUGCUACAUCACACCACGGUUUUCCGGUUAUUGAUGAAAUUAAUUCUCCGUCAACUGAGGAAAAAAUCCCGGAAUACGGUCAUCUGAAGGGGUUAAUCUUGAAAUCGCAGCUGAUUAUUCUGAUGAAGAAACGGGUUUUUUAUGAGGAUCCUGACUGUCAUAUUUUGGUUGAUGGAAGCGAAUUGGUUCAACUUUCUGAUUUCGCCGACGAAUACCCAACAAAGUUACAACUGUCUGAAGAAGAUAAAAAUUGUUGGCUGGACUUAACUCCUUAUAUGCAUUCAAGUCCUUAUCGAGUACCUUUGACUGCUUCACUACCAUCUAUAUUUCAUCUGUUUCGUGGAUUAGGACUGCGCUACGUAGCUGUCGUUGACGAUGAAAAUAAACUUCGUGGAAUCAUUACUCGGAAAGAUCUGGCAAGGUUCAAGGGACGUCGAACUUUCACAAAUUAUACUAUAUGGGAACUUUUUGUUUCAGACUUCCAAACUUGA